AUGACGUGGAGGAUCAGAAGCAGCGCUGAGUUUGAAAAGGCUGCAGUCCUCAUACAAGCCUUCUAUCGCGGCUUCAAAGUCAGGAAGGUUUUGAAGCGACAGGCGGAGACACAGGAGGAGAUAGACAUUGACCUGAACGAUCCGGAGGUGGAGAAGGCUGCCACCAUGAUCCAGUCCUCCUACCGAGGCUUCAAAACAAGGAAGGAGAUUCAAACAGCCAAACCAAGUGAACCCGAGGUGGACGCCACGAGCCGAGAGCUUCACGAGGCAGCAACACUGAUCCAGGCGCUGUACCGAGGCUUCAGGGCAAGAAAGCGGCUUCAGGGCACAAAGGCUGACGCGGCUGACACAGAGGACAUAGACCUGAACGAUCCUGAGGUUGAGAAGGCAGCGGUGAAGAUCCAGUCCUCCUAUCGAGGCUUCAAGACAAGGAAGGACGUUCACGCUUCUAAACUCAGUGAAGCUGACGCCGAUGACGCUGACCUCACGGACACUGAACUCCAGAAAGCGGCAAUAAAGAUCCAGGCGUUGUAUCGAGGCUUCAGAACGAGAAAGGGGCUUCAAAACUCAGAUGCAAACAAAAGCAAACAACAAAAAGAAGAGGAAGAAGAGAUAGACAUUGACCUGAAUGACCCUGAGGUGGAAAAGGCUGCCACCGCCAUCCAGUCAUCGUAUCGGGGCUUCAAGACACGCAAAGAGCUUCAAACUUCAAAGGCUGAUGAAGCUAAAGAACAAAAAGAAGAGAAAGAAGAGGAAGAAGAAAUAGACAUUGAUCUGAAUGACCCUGAGGUGGAGAAGGCUGCCACGGCCAUCCAGUCAUCCUACCGGGGCUUCAAGGCAAGGAAAGAGCUUCAGAGUUCAAAUGUAGAAAAAACCGAAGAAGGAAAAGAAGAGGAGGAGGAGAUAGACAUAGACCUGAAUGACCCUGAGGUGGAGAAGGCCGCCACGGCCAUCCAGUCAUCCUACCGAGGCUUCAAGGCAAGGAAAGAGCUUCAGAGUUCAAAUGCUGUUGAUGAAACUGAAGAACAAAAAGAAGCAAAAGAAGAAGAGGAAGAGGAGAUAGACAUUGAUCUGAACGAUCCUGAGGUAGAGAAGGCUGCCACGGCCAUCCAGUCAUCCUACCGGGGCUUCAAGGCAAGGAAAGAGCUUCGUGCUUCAAAUGCUGAUGAAGCCAAGGAACAAGAGGAAGAGAAAAAAGAGGAAGAGGAGAUAGACAUUGACUUGAACGACCCUGAGGUGGAGAAGGCCGCCACCAUGAUCCAGUCAUCCUACCGAGGCUUCAGAAGCAGAAAGGAAACCAAAAGUUGUCAGCCGGACGAGGCAGAGACGGGGCAAGACAGUGGUGCGAUGGAGUCUGACAUGCACAAGGCCGCCACGCUGAUCCAGGCUUUGUUCAAAGGCUUCCUCACCAGGAAGAAGCUGAGGAACUCAAGAUCAAAAGGAAAUCUGGAGGAGGAAGAUUUGAAUGACGUGGAGGAUCAGAAGGUUGCGUUGGUGCUUCAGGCCACCGCUGACCUGGAGGACGCGGAUUACAGCAGCGCUGAGUUUGAAAAGGCUGCAGUCCUCAUACAAGCCUUCUAUCGCGGCUUCAAAGUCAGGAAGGUUUUGAAGCGACAGGCGGAGACACAGGAGGAGAUAGAUAUUGACCUGAACGAUCCUGAGGUGGAGAAGGCUGCCACCAUGAUCCAGUCCUCCUACCGAGGCUUCAAAACAAGGAAGGAGAUUCAGAAGCCAGAAACAGAGGAAGUUGAGCCACAGAAAGAGAACGAAGAGGAAGAAAUAGACAUUGAUUUGAACGAUCCGGAGGUGGAGAAGGCUGCCACCAGGAUCCAGUCCUCCUAUCGAGGCUUCAAAACAAGGAAGGAGAUUCAGACCGCCAAGCCAAGUGAACCUGAGGUGGAUGUCAUGAGCCGAGAGCUUCACGAGGCAGCAACACUGAUCCAGGCGCUGUACCGAGGCUUCAGGGCAAGAAAGCAGCUUCAGGGAACAAAGGGUGACGCAUCUGACGCAGAGGACACUGGUGUGAGUGACUCUGUGACUCAUCAGUUGAAGUCCAGUGAAGCUAAAUUGAACGAAGCUAACCUUUUGGACACAGAGUUACAGAACGCUGCCACAAAGAUCCAGGCACUGUACCGAGGCUUCAGAGCAAGGCAGACACUCAGCAAAGCAAAGACAGACAAAGGUGAGGAGGAGGUGGUGGACAUUGACUUGGAGGACCCCGAGGUGCAGCAAGCCGCAGAGAAGAUCCAGUCCUCCUACCGGGGCUUCAAGACACGCAGAGGCCUCCACCGCUCCAAGACCUUCCAGGUGGACGAGGAACAAGAAAAAGAAGAGGAGGAGGAGAUAGACAUUGACCUGAAUGACCCUGAGGUGGAGAAGGCCGCCACGGCCAUCCAGUCAUCCUACCGAGGCUUCAAGGCAAGGAAAGAGCUUCAUUCUUCAAAUGUAGACGAAACUGAAGAACAAAAAGAAGCAAAAGAAGAAGAGGAAGAGGAGAUAGACAUUGACCUGAAUGACCCUGAGGUGGAGAAGGCUGCCACGGCCAUCCAGUCAUCCUACCGGGGCUUCAAGGCAAGGAAAAAGCUUCAUGCUUCAAAUGCUGAUGAAGCCAAGGAACAAGAGGAAGAGAAAAAAGAGGAAGAGGAGAUAGACAUUGACUUGAACGACCCUGAGGUGGAGAAGGCCGCCACCAUGAUCCAGUCAUCCUACCGAGGCUUCAGAAGCAGAAAGGAAACCAAAAGUUGUCAGCCGGACGAGGCAGAGACGGGGCAAGACAGUGGUGCGAUGGAGUCUGACAUGCACAAGGCCGCCACGCUGAUCCAGGCUUUGUUCAAAGGCUUCCUCACCAGGAAGAAGCUGCUCAAGGCUCUGAAGGAACAACAAGCAGGGAAUGUGGAGGAAGUGGCUUAA